UUUCUGACAGGUUGACCAGCCCAGAUCAUAGUGCUAGCGAUCUGAAGCAAGGAUCCUGACCGAUGCAUGUUCAGCGCAACCUGACUUCUUUGUGAGGAGAACAAAUAUUUCUCUGAAAGUCUGUCCCCUCAAAGCAGCACACAGGACAAGCUUGGAUAGAACAAAAUACAUGGGACACACAGCCAAUUAAAGACUAGAAUAGGCACUGUGCUUCCAGUCCCAAGAUUUUUAAAGGAGGAGUUGGACCAAGGAUCCUGAAGACCAUGGAGGGAGACUGUCUGAGCUGCAUGAAGUACCUGAUGUUUCUUUUCAAUUUCUUUAUAUUUCUGGGAGGAGCAUGCCUGCUGGGACUUGGAAUCUGGGUCAUUGUGGAUCCCACAGGUUUUCGAGAGAUAGUGGCUGCCAACCCUCUGCUCUUCACAGGAGCAUACAUCAUGUUGGCUAUGGGAGCAAUGCUCUUUCUGCUGGGUUUCCUCGGCUGCUGUGGUGCCAUCCGUGAGAACAAAUGCCUCCUGCUUUUUGUAAGUUUCUUCAUGUUUAUUUUGUUAAUCUUCCUGGCAGAGCUUUCAGCUGCAAUCCUGGCUUUUAUCUUCAGAGAAAAUCUGACCAGAGAGUUUUUCACCAAGGAGCUGAAGAAACAUUACCAGAGGAACAAUGACACAGAUGUCUUCUCUUCCACCUGGAACUCUGUUAUGAUCACAUUUGCCUGCUGUGGAGUGAACGGACCAGAAGAUUUUGAAGCUAUCCCUCAUCUUCCACACUCCUCUGUGGAAAAGAUGAUACCAGAGGCUUGUUGUCAGCGAGAGCUCCAGAGCCGGGAAGGGAUGUUUGUCAACAAGGAAGCUUGCCUCGCAGGCAUCGAGAGGUUUCAGAACCGACAGGGCUGCUACACUGUGAUCCUGAACUCCUUUGAGACCUACGUGUACCUCGCAGGAGCCCUUGCCAUCGGAGUGUUGGCUAUUGAGCUGUUCGCCAUGAUCUUUGCUAUGUGUCUUUUUCGAGGGAUCCAGUAAGAAGUGGCCCAUGGACCACCAGGUUCCCCACAUGCUCAGAAGAAAGAAGGAAAAUCAGAAGAAACAAAAUCUGAAAAUACCCAAAAAACUUUAUUUUUUUUUAAAAUGGGAUGGGGGGGGGGGGAAAAAAAAAAAAAAAAAAAAAAAGAAAAAAAGAGGGUUGUAAUAUAUGAAUGACCAAAAGGAUUGUACUUCAGGGGCUGGAACUUUGAGGUGAUGUGCACUACACUGUACACCGGACCCUUGCCCAGAGCCACCCGCAGCAGCCGUGGAGCAGGAGCCCAGCACAGCCGAUUGCACUAGAGACUGAUGGAGCCAGUGGAGGGGGUGUGGGAGGAUGAGCACAGCUGCCUCUUCCACAAGGCUGAGCCUACCAUGCACGACUUCAUUGUGCUUUAUAGACAGCAAAGGACUGAAGAAUAGACACACAAGGGACUGGAUAAGGCAACAGGUUGGCCUUGAUUGUCCAGGUGGGUUUGAAACAAGCGGUGGUGGCUCAUCUAAGUAGGUAGUCAUUGUUUGCGUAAUUCUGGCUUUAAUUUCCGGCCACAGAAUGAAAACACAGAUUCUUCAGUGGAAGCUUUGCCCUUGUCAUGUGAAACUUGUCUGAGAAGUCAAGCACUUCAGUGAGGCUUGCUUUUCUCCAGAGUCCCAAGCAGGGGCUUGGCAAUGGGACUCAGUUGAGGCUGGCUGAGGAUCAAGAGUUUGGUGCCUACCUUUCUAAGAUUUAUUGUUCAUUAUUAUGAAAGAGACCAAAUGGUUCCCUGCUGUAUUCCCAUCCCCUGGGAAAAAUAAUGGUCCAAUCAAGAAUCACUGACCUGCUGCCUUCCUGAGAAGGGGAGGAUAGAAUCUUUAAAUCUUGUCAGCCUUUGCCUUUCCCUUGAUACUUGCAAAAAAAUGGUUUGUGGUGCUCUGUUAGCGUAAAUAUUUGCAGUGGUUUCUACAUCCUUUUCAGCCCUAAGGGGAAGUCCAGUCAUGGUGCUAGAUGGAAGAGACUUAGGUUUGUCAACCACUCCCAUGCCAUUUGCCUGGAACAGUCUGUUGGCAUCAUUUCUGCUCAGAGAAUUUCCCCUGAGAUUCUCUCAUGGGCUCAUGAUGAAAGUAAUCAUCAAGUCAGAAUUGUUUUAGUUGAAGAGUGUUUCCUCCCUUGAGAUAGUUUGUUAUUUAACUAACAUGUCAUCUACUCAAUCAUUUGGAAGUGAACUUGAGAAAGAUGCCUGGGACUGGACCUUAGUCAGAGACUAAGCUGGAGCUUCUGAGGCCCCAGGCAGCCUCUAAGAGCCAAACUGCUCCAGCUGCUGCUCCAGUAAUCACGGAUAUCGACUCAGUCACGUUGCUGGUUUCUCUUCUCUGGAAUCAUCAGCCCCUGUUGCCUUAAUUGUUCAUCUGGUCACUCUCUGACCCCAAAUUCAUUUUACCUGGGGGAAGAUAGAAAGGGCUGUGGUUUCUCAUUUAGCUUAAGUCUUUUUACAGAUUUUAUAGGCUCAGAUUAUGUGAUCACUUUUAUAUAGGCUCAAAUCAACUCUUCUGAAAGCUGUAACCUCUGGCAAGGAAGGAGCCGAGC